CGCGCUCCAGAGGAGGAAGGUCGCUGUUGAGACAUCAGCAGCUCAUCUGUCGCAAGUUCCAGGUUUCACAUGGACGUUUUCUCAGCCGCCCUGUCUAUGUGACCAACAUGCUGAGUUUCGACCGCCAGAUCCGUCGUCGUUUGAGAAGAGAGCCUGAUUUUUCCGCACCGAAAUGGCAAACCGUGAGCGAAACAAAAAGAUCUUACUGGAACUGGUGAAGCUGCAGGACAACAGCCGGUGCGCGGACUGCAGAGCGCCGGAUCCAGACUGGGCGUCCUAUGAACUGGGAGUGUUUGUGUGUCUGAACUGCUCUGGGAUCCAUCGCAGCCUCUCCAGCCGGGUCAAAUCCAUACGGCUGGACUUCUGGGAGGACAAACUAGUGCAGUUCAUGAAGUCCAGUGGAAACGCCAACGCCCAGGCUUUGUAUGAGAAGGCCGUGCCACCGUACUACUAUCGGCCUCAGCAACAUGACUGCAACGUCCUGAGAGAGCAGUGGAUUCGAGCUAAGUAUGAGAGGAAGGAAUUCACAGGAGAAACCAAGUACCCUCCAGUUUCCUACUCCACAGGUUUCUAUGAGGGGAUGCUGUGGAAGAAAGGGAAAGAGAACACACAGUUUCUGAAGAGGAAGUUUGUACUGUCAGAGAGGGAAUUUACACUGACAUACUACAACAAGGAAAAUGAGUCCAAAGGCCCUAAAGCUGUCAUCGCUAUAAAAGACCUGAACGCCACCUUUCAGCCACAGAAGAUCGGUCAUCCUCACGGGCUGCAGUUCACCUUCCAGGACAACGAUCACACCAGGAACCUCUAUGUUUACCACGAGAGCGCUGAGGAAAUAGUCACAUGGUACAACGCUAUUCGUGCUGCUCGCUAUGCAUACCUGAAGACGGCGUACCCAACUGGGACCGAUGAGGAACUGAUACCAAAGAUCACAAGAAACUACCUCAAAGAGGGAUACAUGGAAAAGACAGGACCACUGCAAAAGGAACCGUUCAGGAAGAGGUGGUUUAUUUUGGACUCUCAAAAUCGGAAACUGUUCUACUUUAAAGAGCAGCUGGAUGCAGAGGAGUUGGGGGUGAUUUUCAUUGGCACUGAGAGCAACGGUUACUCUGUGAAGGAGUGUGUCCCAAAGCAUGCUCGGGGAAACAAGUGGACCUGCGGUGUUUCGGUGGAGACGCCCGAGCGACAGUUUGUCUUCAUGUGCGAGCAGGAGAGGGAGCAGAGAGAGUGGCUGGAGGCCCUCAGGAAGGUCAUGUCACGGCCAAUGGCACCACAGGAUUAUACCAUUGAAGCCAACAUGAAGUAUAAAAGAUGACCUACAGAGCGGUAUGACAGCUGGAGGAUGGUGAGAAAACUGUAUGGCUGAACCUCUGCAGCUCAUCAGAUGGACGGCAACCUGCUGCCCCUGCAUUGAAUCACCACUGAUCUGUGGUUGUUGCAGUGAAGCGUCUUUAAUGGUGACUCUGACGGUGCUCUGUGCCACAGUGUGGGUUAAACACUUCCAUAGACUCAUUUCAACUGACGCUGAAUCUGAUGCUCAACCACACACUUCAGAAUUUACUGUAAGAUCCAUUCUUUUGUCAAAUUAUGGACACUUCAACUGAUGAAACACUGUUUAUUCUGGGGUAUGGUCACUGCAUAUCGCCAGACUGUUUUUGAUGCAUUGUAAUUUACAAUAUUCAGUGUAUAUUUUUAUUAAUUUUCUAAUAAUUAUAUAAUUAAAAAAUAAUAAUUGGGAUCAGUGAACAUGUAUUAUAAUGCUGUGUCUAGAAAAAAUAAACUAAGAGGCGAUACUACA